AUGAAGUCCUCAUUAUCUACAACCCUUUCAAGCUUUGCCUUGGCAAGCCUCGCAUCAGCAUUGGCACCGGGCCUGGAACUUGCAUACUCCUUGGAAUUGCCUACACAAGGAAUAUUCAUCUCUGAGACUGGUCGAAAAUUCCUGUCGCAACGGUAUUCAACAAGUCUUCCACCCAUCACCCAAGAACUUCUUGCAGACAACACCACUGUCCUAUAUCCCAAUGCUGAGUGGAAUAGCUACAACUCCAGCGACCCCAACUCUGACCCGGCAACCACCUUUGUGAGCAUUGACGGUGCACGUAUCGGGCCUGAUGGACGUUACUGGCUCGUCGAUGGCGGUUCAUCGGGUGUGAACAAGUCUACCAAGCUGGUGGGAGUUAACCUGACCAACGACGAGGUCGACAAGAUCUACUACCUCGACGACAUCAAGGCCUCCAACAGCGGCAUUGACGAUGUUCGCUUUGGACCCAGUGGUGAUGUGGCUUAUCUGAGCGACACUGCUGGAGCGCUCUUGGUUCUCAACCUGACGACUGGUGCUGGUGUGCGAGUAUUGGCAGAUGAUGAUUCUGCUGCUGCUUGGUUUCCCAUGAUGUACAAUGGCACCCUGGUGCCAGGUUACGGUGCUGCAGGCUCAACCCUUUCAGUUGGCUUGGACCAGAUUGAAGUUUCCCCAGACGGAAUCUACCUAUACUACCAGCCUUGCAACGGUGGUCUCUACCGCGUCGAGACUGCCUAUGUCGACGCAACCCUUACCAAUGCCACCCUGGCCGCCUCUCUCGGCGACUACGCCACACCAUUUGCAUUGACUCCCAGCACGGGUGGUUCAACCAUUGACGGCGAUGGCAACAUUUAUGUCUCUGACACCAACCUCCUGGCCAUCUGGAAAGUCACUCCCGAAGGUCGAACCACGAUCCUCGUUCAAGAUCCUGCCCUCGUCUGGACUGAUCUCAUGUGGGUCACUGCCGACAAGAAGCUUUGGCUGCCCGCUUCUCAAAUGCGUCCCGGUAGCGAUGGAUUGAUGGCCGAAGGACCAAACAAUAUCUUUACGUACCCAAUCGACGCCGGUCCAUCUUUGAUUGACCAUGCGUAA